AUGACCAAAGACACAGAGGGAACAACAGGUGUAAUAGCUAAAGAGACAGCAGACAUGACAACCAAAGAGUGGAUUGAUUCCAUAUUAAAUCUCUUGAUUAAUUGGGUUUUAUUUAAAGAUUUAAAUUCAGCAAGUUCAUUCCCUGAAAAAUAUUAUUUAUUGAAUUAUUUAUUGGGGUAUAUUUCACCUGGAUGUACUGAAUUUUAA